UCAGUAUUCAGUAGACAGUUGUUUGGUUCGGGCCGUUGGAGAUAUAGCGACCUAAACAAACAUGUCUCGGCGUGAUGAUCAGUGUGUUGCGAGUGGUCAUGGAAAUAUACAAUAUCUAGGUCACUUCAGCAUGAUCAUACAUGUCUCUUAAUCUCCCACCAAACAAAACAUGGGCGUAUCGCUGCAAAGGUUCACCAUGUGGUGUGUGAAGAGUGCUGUGAGAAGGCUGACAGGGCAAGGAACAACAUAUUCCCAACGAAGUGAACAGGACAUAGGCUGCAUUACGCGUAUCAUGGAGGAAGCCCAAGUACAUCAACAGCUGACAAGGAUUGAAUUACCCAGACCUAACUUUGAGAUGUUGACGAAAGGAAAUAAAGCAAGGUUCACGGUGUGUGUUGAGGGGAACAUUGGCAGUGGGAAAUCUACAUUACUGAAUCAUUUUUCCAAAUUUAAUGAUGUGGAAACUUUUCAAGAGCCUGUCCAAAAGUGGCAAGAUGUUAAAGGAAACAAUCUCUUGGCCUUGAUGUAUGAGGACCCAAAGCGGUGGGCUCACACCUUCCAGGCUUACGUCCAGAUGACCAUGGUGGAGCAGCACCUGCACCCCUGCAGCACUCCUGUCAAACUUUUGGAAAGGUCUCUGUAUAGUGGCAGACACUGUUUUGUUGAGAAUCUCUAUAGAUCAGGCAAGAUGACCAAUGCAGAAUACACUGUUUAUUGUGAAUGGUUCAAAAUCAUCACCCAAAGUUUGGAUGUUGGUGUAGAUCUUAUUGUGUAUUUACGGACAGACCCAGAGGUCCUGCAUGCCAGGAUCAAGGAGCGUGCACGAUCUGAGGAGCAAGCCAUUCCCUUCCAGUACUUGAGUGACUUGCACACCCUGCAUGAGGAGUGGCUUAUGGGUCCCAGUGAUUCACAUCCUGCCCCUGUCUUAGUUCUUGAUGCAAAUGACACACUCCCAAACAUGUACAAGAAGUUUGAGGAACACACUUCAGAGAUUUUGUGUGGUAAGUUGACAGCAUGUGAGAAGGAGCAGCAGGACACAUACAAGAUAGCACCAUCUCCACCAGUCAAGAUUGUUAAUUAACGUGUAUGGAAAAUAUUUUUUUGUAACUCUUCCUCAACUUGAAUUCCAUAUAUCUUAGUAAUCUUAAUAGUGAAUGAAAUUAACCAUUAGGAUUAUUAAGUUAACUUUAAGAAAAGGAACAUUUCCAAAGAUUAUGAAGUGGUUACUGAGACCAGAUAAUUAAUUAAUGUGAUGCUUUAAAUUUCAUGAAGCUUUAAUAAAGUAUCAGAAAGGCCAUUGUAAUGGGACCAUAGUUCUUGUUAUUAUUAGAUAUUACUAUCUUUUAUAAUUAUUACAGUGAUGUGCAUUAAUUGUAAUUACAUGACUUUAUUAC